ACCUCUAUGAGGGAUGGACCCACUAUUCUCAUGCCAGAGACGAGUUGCGUCAGUGUUACCGUGAAAUGAGUCCCCCACCUCCUAGCUCAUACACGCAGCAGCAUUCGUUUUCUGCUUCUGUUAUGUUAAGGUUCAUAUUCAGUCGUCUCCACAGAUGUGGUUUACUGCAUAUGAAAUGAACUAGAUUCUAGUUUGCGAAGACUCUAAAGACAGAAGUUGGAAAUUUGUAUUAUAGCUGACUUGAUGAACUCACUUGUUGCUUAUGAUGAUUCAGAUUCUGAAUCAGAGGCUGAGAAGUCUGAAGAUGCUGCCAUUAGUGAAACAAAUUUGACAGAUUCUGCAGAGAGUGCCGUUCAGUUCUGUAGUGAACUAUAUACAGUUUGUGAGAAUAAAGCCCAUUCCAUGAAAGGAACUGGCGGCUCCAGAAAGAACAUCUGUAAUGAAGAUAUUUUUCUACAGAAUCUACAGAGCAAUAAAAAGCUUCAGCUAACAGAUUAUCCCAGGAAAUUUUGUCCUGUUGAUUUGAAAAUAACAAGUAAGAAUAAUAAACAACCAGGAACCUCAAUAUUGGAACCUAAUGUGCUUUCUGGAAAUGAGAGCUUUUCAUCAAAGAGGACCCGUGAUGACAAUGAUGUUCCUAUACAGGGCCUGAGGCCAUAUAUUCCUAAAAGAAUGAGACAAAGUAAUAGUUCAGUUCCUCAUGAAGACGAAGACUGUAGAGAUAGUGCAAGUUGUGCAACCAAAACGGAGACGGCAGGAGAUAGAAUAUCCAUUCAAGUUUCUCAGUAUAUGAUGCCAUAUUUAGGAUCCAAAUAUGGAGUUAGUGAAAUUCCGAAGAAUCUGGUGUUUCAGAUGUCUGAACACAGUGGUCCAGUUAAUGCAGUCCGAUGGUGCCCUCUUCAGAAGUGGAGCCAUUUGUUGCUUUCUGUGUCUAUGGAUAAAACUGUCAAGGUUUGGGAUGCUAUGGAUCAAGGUUGCUGUUUAAAAACAUACCAUCACCACACUGGUGCCGUCCGAGCUGUUCAGUGGUCUCCAUGUGGAAGCCGUUUUGUCACUGGAGGUUUUGACAAUAUGCUUCAUGCUAUAGACAUUGAAACAGGAGCACAACUUUUUAGCAGUAGGAAUGGAUUUCGGAUCAGCACCCUGAAGAUUCACCCUCUCGAUCAAAAUGUUUUUAUUUGUGGAGGAUUCAGUCCAGAAGUUAAAGCCUGGGAUAUGAGGUCUUCUAAGAUAAUAAAAGUCUACAAAGCUGCAGUACAGCAAACCUUGGAUAUCAUGUUCCUCCCAGGAGGACAAGAAUUUCUUACCAGCACUGAUGCAGUAAGCCAAGAUUCAGCGGACCGCACCAUCAUUGCAUGGGACUUCCACACAGCUGCGAAGGUCUCCAAUCAAAUCUUUCAUGAGCGUUAUACCUGCCCCAGUCUUGCACCUCAUCCUAAGGAGCCUAUCUUUGUUGCUCAGACCAAUGGGAAUUACAUGGCCUUGUUUUCUAGCGUUCGACCAUACAGAAUCAACAAAAAGAAGAGAUAUGAAGGGCACAAGGUUGAAGGAUUUGCAGUAGACUGUGAGUUUUCUCCAGACGGAAUGCUUCUUGUGUCCGGAAGUUCAGAUGGCAAAGUGUUUUUCUACAAUUAUCGCACCUCUCGAAUCCUUGGCACCUUGUCUGGGCACAGUCAAGCCUGUGUGGGUGCAACAUUUCAUCCGGUCCUUCCAUCACUCCUUGCUACAUGUGGCUGGGAUGGAGCAGUCAAGAUCUGGCAGUAAUAAAUGUGCUUAUUUUAAGACCAGUUGUUUACAU